AUGGCGAUUAAAGUGAUGCAGAUCAAUACCAACCACUGCCGGGCAUCACAUGAUCUCAUUAUGCAGUUGAUGGCUAAGGGCGAAGUUGGCGUGUGUUGCCUCUCCGAGCCUUGGAGGGUUCCAGCCAGUCAUCCGCACUGGCUUCCUAGUACAGAUUCUCUUGCGGCUGUGAAAUGGAACCCAGAUUUUAUUAAAUUGACUUCUUCAGUCUUUUAUCGUAAUAACAAUAUUAUCGGCGUGCGUUUCGGCGACCUCGGGGUCAUUUCUGUAUAUAUAUCCCCGAAUAGUAGUAUUAGCGACUUUUUAACAUUUUCUGAUAGAUUAAGUGACGCUAUUGGCUCCGCUGGAGGUCCGCUUAUCAUCUGUGGCGAUUUUAAUGCCAAGUCGGUAUUAUGGGGUUCCCCCUUGACGAAUGGUAGGGGAAAGAUUUUAGAAGGCUUAGCUGACCAGCACGACCUGGACCUUAUGAACAUUGGCAAUAAACCCACGUGCGUGCGCCCACAGGGGUCCUUCCAUCAUCGACCUCACAUGGGCCUCUGCCUCCUGUGCCAGCCGCAUCCGGAAUUGGCACAUAAAUGA